AUGGCGGGAGCGUCAGAUUCUGUUCCCAUACCAUCCGCUCGAAUCGACCGUGAGGAUCUUGCCGCUAGCGUCACCGCUGACGUGGCAGAAAAGCUGGCCAAUGAGGAUCUUGCCAGCGUGUCAGAUCCCGACAGUGAUUGGAUUCUGCGGUCACGCAACUGGCUGAUUGAAACGCGGGAUUCGCUAUUGGAACGCAAAUACGAGGGAUUGGACCUUUGGUCGCUCGCCGCGCAGUGCGCAAACCCGUACGAGCUCCUUGCUGACGUGGCAUCGCUAAACCCCAACCCCGUUGCGGCAGCAUCGACCUCCGCGUCGGCCUCCGGAAUCCCGCCCUCCCCCAUCGGCGCCUCCCCCCAACCCAGUUUGGCUUCCCCGCUACCUUCAAUCGCUUCCCCCCAACCCAUAAGCGCGUUCCCCCACGCCUCCCCCGCCCCGCGCGCCAUCAGCCGCGCGUUCUUCAAAAUGGUCGAAAUGGCGCGCCUUUUCCGCCUGCUGGGGGGAGCCAAAGCGGAAAGCGCUUCCCCGGAUCUUCCCCUAAAGGUUUCCGCUUCCCUUGUUUCCCCUCCCCGCUCCCCCCCGCUUGUCUCCGCGCACCUGUGUGAGGGGCCGGGGGGUUUCAUUCAAGCGGUGCAGCUGCUGCUGGCGGAACAGGCCGGGGAGCGGUGGUGCAAGGGCAUGGGGGGAGGGGGAGGGGGAGGGGGAGGGGGAGGGGGAGUGUAUUGGGUGGAAUGGUUCAAGGAAGGGAGGGAGGAGGAAGGGGAAGAGGAGCGGGAGGAGGAGGAAGAGGAGGGAGAGGAGAGUGGGGAAGAGGAGGGGGAGGACAAUUCGGGGAAGGAGGAGGAUCUGGAGAAGAAAUCAAGGGUGGGAGGGGGGAACGAAGAUCACGGGCAAUUCCUGUGCCAGCGUCUGUUAGGGGGGGCAGAGCAGCACCAGCACCACCGGCAGCAGCAGCAGAAGCAGCAGCAGCAGCAGCAGCAGCAGCAGGAGAAGCAGUGCGAUCCGCAGUGGACAGGUGUUGGCUCGGCAGGAGUUGGCUCGGAAGGUGUUGGCUUGGGAGGUGUUGGCUCGGGAGGUGUUGGCUCGGGAGGUGUUGGCUCGGGAGGUGUUGGCUCGGGAGGUGUUGGCUCAGGAGGUGUUGUUUCACUUGGAGUAAGCAACUGUUCGGGCGAGGAGGGAGGGACGCAGGAAGGGACGCAGGGAGGAGAGCAGGGAGGUGAACGGGGAGGGGGGGGAAACGCGUGUAAGAGCAGGAGGAAGAGGGAGAAGAAGCGGUCAAAGCAGCAGCAGCAGAUCACCAGAGAGGUGCCGCAGCAGGUGACAGGGGAGGUGCAGCAUCACCGCUCGCCUCUGCGCCCAGUCAACCUGCAGCCCCCUUUGCUGCCUGCUACUGCCCAUGCUCCCACCACUGCCUUCCACUCACCUCUCCCUGCGCCCCACCCUGCCGCCCACCCUGCACCCCACUCUUUUCCCCAAACUGUCCUCCACCCUGCCCCCUCUGCCGCCUCUGGGCAUGCACCCGACUUCGUGCUGGGCCUGCUGGGGCGGCAGAGAGGCGCGCAGGGAGGAAGGUGUGUGGAAGCAAGGGGGGAGCAGAUAAGUAAUGGUGGUGCAGGUAUCCUAGGCAAGUAUGGUGGUACAGAGAAGGACGGGGGAUGCAGUGUUGAUGACUUAAAGGAGGUGGAAGAGGAGAGAGAGGAGGGAGAGGAGGGAGAGAAAGAGGAGAAGGAACACUGUGCCCUCUGCAGUCCUCUGCACAGCUCCGCCUCGUUACAAUCACCCUCGUUACAGUCACAACCUGAGCUGCUUCCACAAUCGAUCGUGUCAACCCCCAUCAGCUUCCAGGCAGCUUCCUUCCUGUCCCACGGCCAUGUGCUGUAUGGGAUGGACGGCACAGGAGACUUGACACGUCAUGCCAACGUGGCAGCCUUCGCUGCUGACGUCAUCAGGGACAGCCACGUGGACGGGGGGUUGAACAGUUCAGCAGAAUGCCAGGCUGGCAAGUCAAAGAUGGAGGGAGGGGCGACGGUGGUUGGAGGGGCGACGGAGGUAACAGCGGAUGGCGGUUUGGACAGUUCAGUGUACUGCCAGGCUGGCAAGUCAACGAUUGAGGGAGGGGCGGCAGUGGUGACAGCGGAUGGGGGACUGGAUAGCUCGGUGGAUUGGGACCGACAGGAGGCCAUGCACGCCCGCCUCGUCUUCUGCCAAGUGCACGCCGCUCUCAAGCUGCUGCACAGCAUCCCUCAUCUUUGCCCCGCCUCUCUCCACUCCAUCUGUGUCAUCUCCCCUCUCUCCCACCACCAGGCGCCAGGGGGCACGUUCAUUCUCAAGCUGCUGGGCGGCUCUCUGCUCUCAACAGCCUCUCUCCUCGCCCGGCUCACACUCUCCUUAACCCCACAUUCCCUUGUGCCCCCUCUCUCCACCCCACCAGGCGCCAGGGGGAACGUUCACCGCAUAUCCCUCCAGUGGGAAUCACUUCCUCCUCCCCUCUCCCCUCUCCUCGCCCCCGCCCUCACUCUCCCCCUCUCCGACUCCUUCCUCCGCGCCCUCCUCUCAUUUGAAGCUUGCAUGCAGCAGCAGCAGGCGGAGGCUAUGGGGCGCGCGCUGCUUGUAGGGGAGCAGCUUGUAGAGGGGAUACCGCGAGGGCCUGCGAGGAAGAGCAAGUCACCGUUCGCGAUCGUCGCGAUGGCGAGUCAGAAAACGGUGACGACGGUGAUCCGGCUGGUGAUCAACGCGGGCCAGGCGAAACCCGCGCCGCCCGUGGGGCCCGCGCUGGGGCAGCACGGGUUGAACCUCAUGGCGUUCUGCAAAGACUUCAACGCGCGGACACAACACAUCAAACCGGACGUGCCGGUUCCCGCACUCAUCACUGCGUACUCGGAUCGUUCGUUUGAUUUCAUAAUCAAGUCGCCGCCCACGUCCUACUUCCUGAAGCGGGCGGCGGGGCUGUCUCUGGGCGGCGGGGAGGCGGGGCAUCAGAUGGUGGGCGAGGUGUCGUUAAAGCACGUGUAUGAGAUCGCCAAGAUCAAGCAGCAGGACCCCGGUUGCAGCUACAUUCCUCUCGAGUCCAUCUGCCGAUCAAUUAUAGGAACAGCUAGGUCCAUGGGCAUCCAGGUGAAGAAAUCACUUGAAGUCCCCAGCAGUACCUAA